UAAUGCUGAUAAUCCUGCACUCAAAAUAAACAUAUUGUAUGAUGUUGCAUGCAUGUUGGUGAAACAUUUACAGAAUUUGGAGGAUCCGAUUGUUGACAUUUUUCAAUUUUCAAUUCCAAUUUUUCACUGCUAUGGGCAUGUUGGACGAUGCCAAGUUAAAUUUAGUCCCUGUUGUAAAGAAGGAUUUGGCCUAACUGACGAAGAAGAAGAUUGGAAAUGCAAGUACGUUAUAUACCUGGACUUGUACGCUGAUCUUUACCAUCGAUGGAAUGGUUGCAUUGAUCCAAGUGAACUGACUGUUCGAUUUAAUCAGGUGAAAAAAAUUGAUGAGCAGUUGAAGAUCAUGGAAAGGGAAAACUCAAUUUCUGCAAGCUGGCAAAAUACAGACUCAGAGUACGAAAAUGCAAAACGCGAGGUUGCGUCUAGGAAAGAAAAACGUGUUUUGUCUCGAAUGAGGAAAAAUGUUGCUGAAAGAUGGUUUCUCCUAAAUCUUAAGUCUAAAUAA